UGUCCGCCGACCUGCCGCGACCACCGCAAUCCCAGAGCUUCCAAGAGCUCCCGGCGGGCGUCGGGCAAACUUUUCCCGAGCCCACGUGCUAACGAAGCGGCUCGCUUCCCCGAGCCCGGGAUGGAGCGCCGCGUCUAGGCACGCCGUGCCAUCCAGAGACCCAAGCGCGCGCACGGUUCACGGCAGAGAGAUGCUCAUCGCGUCAAACUGACCACUGCAGCCCGAGGGCUAGCGGCGUCCCGCUCCGAGUCUGCCCGGCGGCGCGAGCAGCGCUGUCUCCCAGCACCAGCCCCGACUUUGAGAGACAUCUCUCCCCGGCCCCACCGCCCAGAUGCAGUUUCGCCUCUUCUCCUUCGCGCUCAUCAUCCUGAACUGCAUGGAUUACAGCCAGUGCCAAGGCAACCGAUGGAGACGCAAUAAACGAGCUAGCUAUGUAUCAAAUCCCAUUUGCAAGGGUUGUUUGUCUUGUUCAAAGGACAAUGGAUGCAGCCGAUGUCAACAGAAGCUGUUCUUCUUUCUUCGAAGAGAAGGGAUGCGCCAAUAUGGAGAGUGCCUGCACUCCUGCCCUUCAGGGUACUAUGGACACCGAGCCCCAGAUAUGAACAGAUGUGCAAGAUGCAGAAUAGAGAACUGUGAUUCUUGCUUUAGCAAAGACUUCUGUACCAAGUGCAAAGUGGGCUUUUAUUUGCAUAGAGGCCGUUGCUUUGAUGAAUGUCCAGAUGGCUUUGCACCAUUAGAUGAGACCAUGGAAUGUGUAGAAGGAUGUGAAGUUGGCCAUUGGAGCGAAUGGGGAACUUGUAGCAGAAACAAUCGCACAUGUGGAUUCAAAUGGGGUCUGGAAACCAGAACACGGCAAAUUGUUAAAAAGCCAGCAAAAGACACAAUACCAUGUCCAACCAUUGCUGAAUCCAGGAGAUGCAAGAUGGCCAUGAGGCACUGCCCAGGAGGGAAGAGAACCGCAAAGGCGAAGGAGAGGAGGAACAGGAAAAAGAAACGGAAGCUGAUUGAAAGAGCCCAGGAACAGCACAGUGUCUUCCUGGCUACAGACAGAGCUAACCAGUAAAAUUCAAAACGUAGCUAGUGGAUUCCGAGUGGUUUGGUUUGGUUUUGCAGAAGUGCACAUAGCAACUCUCCACCCCUGCACUGGUGCCCAGCAUUUCCAUUGCUCUGACCAGUAUCUGCUCCCAGGAACAUUGCAAACGGAGGAGCCCCAAGUAUGGACUCUGGGUUAUUUAUGCUUUGGUUUGAAUCUGAAGCCUGUGGCCUGCAUCGGUGGAAGCUAUUGUAGGAGCAUGGCCUGAAUUAGCUCAGUGUGAGCUGAGAGAAUCUAUCCCUGGCUCCCUGGACCUGCAGGAGAAUGCCUUUGUGCCUACUUGUGUGCAGGAAGAUGCUCGGCAGGCCAAGCUCUGUUCACGUCUGCCCUUCGUUUCUCACAUUGUGCAUUUCCAAGGACCGGUAUAUGUGGAUAAAUGUUUAAUGUCACCGCAGGGUGUUCUCAGCAUCUGUGACCUUCAAACUAUCCUGCAGUGAAACUGCUUUUUCACUGGGGAUGUGCUACAGUAAGGCCUGCUCAGCUUUAGUGCGAGGUAAUCUGUACAGAUUCUGCUGGGGCUGCAUAUAAAGCUCCUUACUGUGUAUUUAUGCUUUUUGUGUGCAGCACGUCAUACUGGCUGAUAUGAUGUCAUUUUGUUUCUAGUGAUUCGUAACCAUUGUCUGGCAAAUGCUAUUUUAGUUUUGCAAAUCGACAAAUAUUUUGUUGCCUUUUGCUCUUUUUUUUUUUUUUUUUUUGGUAUGGUGGGCUUAUAUCUCAUUGUAAGUAUAGGAUAAGCUAGUUUGUACAUAGAGUCAAAUGACUGGUAUUAAAGUUUCAAUGCUGAUAGACCUUUCCCAGUACAUGUCACAUAUAUACGCACACAGCCAACAUGUGGCAUCUGACCAUCAGAAGCCAAAACUCCCUUUGAGUUCAAGAUUUUAUGAUUUCUAGUGAAGUCACUUGUGUUCUGGCUUCAUUAUUGUGUUCAGACUCAAAACCAUUCAUGAUUUUUAAUGACAGGCCACCUCCCAAAAUUCUUGAAUCACUAUGGAAGUGGCUGUCCUGAAAUCAUUGCAGAAAAUUAAGUUGAAGAUAGGUGACUUCCUUCGACUGAUGGUCACAUUUUGACAGAUCUCCAAUGAGCCAGAAUCUAGUUCAUUAAAACAGAGGAGAAAGAUGGAAACUUCCCAGUUGACAUAAAGCAGUUGUUACAAAUACAUCAUUGUCCACUUAGGACAGUGGGUUUGUAAGCAUUGUGUUUCUGACUAAUCUAGAUGAAAAUUUGAACAAAAAAUUAUAGAGUCUUGAGGAAACAAGCAUAGCAAGGUAAAGCCUUUUCCUCACCUUGCAGUGGUAAAUCUACCUCUUUAUCAUUUUUGUUCUACAUUUGGGUCAAAAGCAUCAUUCCUGUAAGUAUAAAUACCAUAUGCAUCAUUAGGAAAAUAUUGCUAUGAGAUAAGCCAUAUAUAAAUGUUGUAUGCGACUUUAGGGUUUACACUUAAUCCUAAAGUGUUCACUUCCUUUCAUGUCUAUUUACACUAUAUUCCUAUCUACUAAGUGGGGAGGGGGGUCUCCUAUAUAGUGAUCCAUCAUUAAUAAGUCAAAGCCUGUUCUAUUUCUGAGAUUUUUUUUUGUGCAUUAAAAACUUAAAGAUUA